AUGAAGAGUGGUCAAGAGUUGGAGUUGCCGCCGGGGUUCAGAUUUCAUCCGACGGAUGAGGAGCUGGUGGUGCAUUAUCUCUGCAGGAAGUGCGCUGCACAGAGUAUUGCGGUUCCGAUUAUUGCUGAGAUUGAUCUUUACAAGUUCGAUCCAUGGCAGCUUCCUG